AGUCUGUCUCUCAGUACUUUCUGUUUAAGGUAUGAAUCGUGAAAAAAAUGUUUUCUAAUGAUUAAAUGGUUUUUAAAUAGCGAAUUAAACUCAAAACAAGAGUUAAUACAGCAUUUUGUAAAGGACUAUUUUCAGCUGCACAUUAAGCGGAACAAUUCACUUUACAUACAAAUCGGAGUAUCUGGAAUACCAACUCACAAACUGUGACAUUAGACAACUCUGUCAGGUUUUUGUGGGUUAUGAGAAAACAUGUGAUUCAACAAGCCAUUCAGGUUUUAUUAUACCUUCUAUUUCACUUACAGGUUCCUUAGAGUUGAGAUACCUUUGACAAGGUGCAUCACAUUUUUAUCACAAGCCAAUCAGAGCAGACUGGGCUUUUUUUUGGUAGGAAGGUUCAAAGAGACAGGCACUAACACGGAGUGUUUCAGAGAGAGGGUGAAUACAGGUUCAAACAGUAUGAGAGAAAAAAGUUUUUGAACAUUAAAACAUUUUACAUUUUACAAGUAGAAACCCCAAAUACAACCAUUAACCUAAGAUUCAGCAUAAUAUGUCACUUUCAAAUUCAGGCACCGUGUAUGACUCACUACAAAAUGAUAUAUAUUUUCAAUUGUGUGUUGUUUUAAUUGACCAUGUGACCAUUUGAAUUAUGGGAAAUCUGGCAGAUUUUAAGUCAUUAUUGUGCCACAAAUAAAACUUCCUUGCAGCUCCUUAGAAUUUACAUAAAUAUAUUCUGUAAUGGGACAAAUUGUAUCUUGUUUAAUGUAAUACUGACGGGGAAACCAUUUAACAGGUUUUAAAUUAAAACAUUUUUUUAACGUAUACGGGUAAAAAAACAAUACACCAUAAAAUCCUUCAUGAGCUGCAGCAGCAGAUUCCCAUACCAGAACUCAAAACAGCAAUUGUCCCUGGUUGUUGAACUAAUUAUGAAAUGAUAAUUGUACACCAGGUUGAUUAUAUAGGCUACCAUGUGUGUUUGCCUCUUUGUUAGUCUGUUUGCACUUCUUUUGGAAGUUUAUGAGCAGAGAGAAACCUGAUUUAGCUGCAUGCUGCUGGAAGAUGCGCACAGAAUCCUGUUUUACUGUUUACGGUUCAUUCGAGUCUCAACUAUUUCAAAUGUGGUUUAAUAUCACAAAGAGUUGGUUACACCAUUUGGGGCAAUGACUCUCUUUAUACAAAAACACACUCAGUGACCCUGCAGCAGUAAUACAGCCUGUAAGUGUACGUAGUUCUGAUAAUAUGAAGUCGGUUACUCGUAGAACAGGAAGCAUCGCCACCAUCUCAACUAGUGGCGACACCCGCGGUUUUUGUUCAGCGGCCGUUUCUGCAUAAAGGCUGUGUGACUCGCAGACUCCGGUUAAAACAUUCUGUGACACGAGAUUUGAGAGAUGGCAGGUAAGGAGCUUGCCAAAGUGAGGAGUAAGUUUGUGGAAAAUGCCAACAAAGAACUGAUUAACCAGCUCCUGGACGACCUUUUAGAAGAUGGUGUCUUGAAUGAGGGCCAGAAAGACUCCGUACUUGAGGAGAACAGUACCACAGCAAACAAAGCACGCGGUCUCAUUGACAUGGUGAAGAGGAAAGGAGACGAAGCCAGCAGGAAGAUGAUCGCUCAUCUUCAAAGCAGAGAUCCUUCACUUCACUCUGAACUGGGUCUGUCCUCUGGUCAAC